AUGGCUUACUCUCACUCACAGCCGGACACCACUUUCUUCGUGGAGAACGACGACAUGCCUCUCUCUCACAUCACACCGCGCGAAGCUGCCAAGCUCAUCGCCCGCCGGAAACAGGAGCUCAUCGCCAAUGAGCUUUCACGACUAGCGGCUGACGAGUACUUGGAGGACAUCAUGGGACAUAUCAGGCGGAUGGAGGACGAGACCUUGCCUGACGUCGCGCUCAUCGAUCUGCAACGCGAGAUUCAGUGGUUCAUGCGUCCGUACCUCAUCGACUUCCUCGUCGAGGCUCACGCCGCCUUUGCCCUUCUGCCCGAGACACUGUUCCUGACCGUCAACCUGCUCGAUCGUUACUGUGCCAAGCGUGUGGUGUAUAAGCAGCACUACCAGCUCGUUGGUUGUGCCGCACUCCUCAUCGCGGCCAAAUACGGUGACAAGAAGGACCGAGUACCCCAGAUUCAGGAGUUGAACAACAUGUGCUGCGGCCUCUACGAUGCCGGCAUGUUUGCCCAGAUGGAAAUGCACGUUCUCAACACUCUUGACUGGUCAAUUGGGCAUCCGACUGUGGACUUCUUCUCGUCGUUGAUGGUGGCCGAGGAGCACGAUGACCGCGAAGUGGAGCACAUGGCUGCCUACAUGAGUGAGAUUGCGCUCUAUCACCGCGACUUCGUCUCAGUGAAGCCUUCGACCAUGGCCCGCUCCUCCCUCGCCCUGGCUCGCGCUGUUCUUGGCCGUCCAGAGGUCACCGAUGGAGAGUGGGACAGCUCGGAACAGACAACUCUCUUGAGCCUCUCUCAUCACCUCCAUCUCCCAUCAACGACCUUGGCCCGCAAGUACGCAACGUCGCACACGUCCAAGGUGUCCCAGCAGCUGGCCGACUUCAUGGCACAGCAGGCUGCCCUGGCUCAAAGCAACGCCGAGCCCCCAACUCCACCAGCCGAGCCCGCCAGGAACGAUCUGCUGGCCACGCCGCAGAAGGGCCACGGUGCUACCAUGGGCUUCGAUGGCUAUCUGACGCCGCCUAUCACACCGGACGGCCACUACUUCAAUGGUCAAGGGUCGUCAUCAAACCCCCUGGCGCAACAACAAUCACAACGAUACCCCAUCACGCCGUCAUCACACAACCGACCUGACCAAUACUCGUAUUCGCAUCAACACAACACGCAAUACUUGAACCCCUGA